AUGGGGCUCCCCUGGAGGCAGCUGCACCCUUGGCUGCUGCUCCUCGUGGUGCUGGUGUGGCCCCAGCCCUGCGUGAGCCUGGAGCUCGUCCCCUACACGCCGCGGAUAACAGCCUGGGACCUGGAAGGGAAGGUCACAGCCGCCACGUUUUCCCUGGAGCAGCCGCGCUGUGUCCUGGAAGGGCAUGCCAGUGUUGCCAGCACCGUCUGGCUGGUGGUGGCCUUCAGCAACGCCUCCAGGGACUUCCAGAACCCCCAGACACUGGCUGAGAUCCCAGCCUUCCCGAGGCUGCUGACGGAUGGCCACUACAUGACGCUGCCCCUGACCCUGGACCAGCUGCCCUGUGAGGACCCAGUGGGUGGCAGGGGGGGCGCCCUGGUGCUUAGGGUGGGCAAUGACGCCGGCUGCCUUGCUGAUCUCCAGCAGCCACGCUACUGCAACGCCCCCCUCCCUGGCCCUGGACCUUACAGGGUGAAGUUCCUCCUGAUGGACUCCAAGGGCUCACCCCAGGCCCAGACGAGGUGGUCCGACCCCAUCACUCUCCGCCAAGGGAAGUCCCCAGGCUCCAUUGACAUGUGGCCAGGGCGGCGAAGUGGUGACAUGAUCGUCAUCACCUCCAUCCUCUCCUCUCUGGCCGGCCUCCUGCUCCUGGCCUUCCUGGCAGCCUCCAGCGUGCGCUUCUCCAGCCUGUGGUGGCCGGAGGAGGCCCCAGAGCAGCUGCGAAUCGGCUCCUUCAUGGGGACGCGCUACAUGACCCACCACAUCCCACCCAGCGAGGCUGCCACGCUGCCCGUGGGCUGCGAGCCUGGCCUGGAACCCCUCCCCAGCCUCAGCCCCUAG